CCGUCUCGGGGCUGCUGUUGCUGCUGCAGGCCUCCGGCGGGGGCCAGGAGGUUCGGGAAGGCACGGCGGGUCCCCGGGAAGGGGACGAGUUGACAGAUGUGCGUGAGGAGGUCCCUGGUCGGCCUCACCUUUUGUACCUGCUACCUGGCUUCUUACCUCACGAACAAGUAUGUUAUUUCAGACCAACCGUGGCACUCUAUGAAAUUCACAUAGCCUCUUGUCCUUUCCAGGUGGCAGACCCUCAUUGGUGGACUUUUGCUUCAUGUGUCCUGGAAACUGGGCUGGGUAGAGAUCAACAGCAGUUCAAGAUCUCAUGUUCUGGCGUGGCUUCCUGCUUCAGUGCUGUUUGUGGGUAUAAUCUAUGCUGGGUCCAGAGCCUUGUCCAGACUGGCCAUUCCUGUGUUUCUCACUUUGCAUAAUGUAGCUGAAGUUAUCAUCUGUGGGUACCAGAAGUGUUUUCGGAAAGAGAAAACAUCUCCUGCAAAGAUCUGUAGCAGAUGGAUAUUUUUGGGCUCUAAUUCACUUAUUCUGUUUAGUGAUAUUGACCAGCAAUACUUAAACUAUAUAUUCAGUGUGGUGCUCCUGGCAUUUGCAUCUCAUCCCACAGGUGAUUUCUUCAGCGUCCUGGACUUCCCAUUCCUGUACUUCUACAGAUUCCAUGGCAGCUGCUGUGCCAGUGGAUUUUUGGGAUUCUUUCUCAUGUUCAGUACAGUGAAGCUAAAAAGCCUUCUGGCCCCAGGGCAGUGUGCAGCCUGGAUUUUCUUUGCUAAGAUAAUCACAGCUGGCUUAUCAAUAUUGCUGUUUGAUGCAGUCCUGACCAGUGCAGCCGUGGGAUGCCUCCUGCUCGGUGCACUUGGAGAAGCCUUGCUGGUUUUCUCGGAGCGGAAGGGCUCCUGACGAAGGCAGCCAAGAGAAGGAGACUCACAGCCUGCUGCGAGAGAACGUCGCCCCAGCCUCAUCGCUCCCUGUUGAGAGUGUCAGAAAGAGGAACGCAAGGACAGUGAGGCCAGGUGGGCAGUGCCAUUGCCCCACCCAAGUGAAUGUGGUGUUGGCUGAUGAGGCCGAGGCCCUGCUGCUUCCAGGAGCGCCCUUUCUGGGGGUCUGCAGGCCGUUGUAGAGGAGCUGUCUGUUCUGUCUUCCCGUUUGGAGAACCUCUCUCAACUGUGCUGUAGCUGGUUCUGCAGAAACAGGAAGUACAGGAUUUCACGGGCUGGCUCUCCUUGCCUUGACUGAGCGUCAGGCCUGUGGAUACCAGCUGCUGUCUCCCAAACAUGGCUUUCGGUGCGAGGUAGUGGGCCUGAGGGGUUUGGUUGUCACUUUUUUUUUCAUUUAUGAAGUUUUAAAUUU